AUGAGUUCCAAGCCGCAGGCACCGCGCGUGGCCAAACCCCGGUCCAAGAGGGCUUGUAUUACAUGCAAUGCACGACGAGUCCGGUGCAAUGUUGUCGAGAAACAUCCCUGCGACAACUGCAAGGCUGCAGGAAUAAAUUGCGAGAUUGGGGUUUCUCGGAGGGGAAAAUAUCCGCGCUACAUUGUCAGCCCUCAUCCGACGGCAGCUAUUUCUACUCAGGAUGAAAUUGAAACAAACUCGAGACCGGCAACGUCAAAUCGAGAUGACCUCGCCAUCAAAAGAGACAUACUCUCGCCCGACAGCACCAGCAGCGCCUCAUUUGCAAUCCGGAGCACGUCACAGAUCAAGAGCGAACUGGAUCAGACCAUCUUCUUCGGUGAAUCGAGUCCGUUGACCUGCGUCGCCGACGAAGGGUCCAACAGACCUCCAGAGACCGGCAGUGCCGCGGCGCGGAGCAAGACGCGAUGGCAGUACCAGAUCCCCGACGACGUGUCUCGCCGCUCCAACAGCUUCUCGCUGUUUGCCAGCCGGCGAGCGCGCAAGAUCGAGCAGCUCACGCGCGAGGGCGCGUUUGAUUUCCCGGAACCUGCAGUGUGUGAAAUGCUGCUGCAGGCGUAUUUUGAGUGGUUUCAUCCGUGUUUUCCGGUCGUGGAUCGUGUCGAGAUUAGCAAGUCGUGUAAUGACAAGACAAUCUCGCCGCUGCUCUUGCAAUCGAUGCUUUUCAUUGGCGCGAGUUUAUGUAAUGACAAGGCCCUACAUGAUGCCGGGUUUCAUGACCGUUACGAGACCAAGUUUUUGUUUUAUGACCGGGGAAAAGAGAUUUUCGACGCAGAGUGCGAGACGGACUCGUUAUCCAAAAUGCAAGCAGUGUUUUUGCUGAGCUUUUGGCGCAGUACGCCGGGCCAUGAAAAAGAUACACGGUACUGGCUUGGUGCAGCAAUUAGUCUUGCCCAGACUGGUGGCUUGCAUAUGCUGUCAAAGCUAUCUCUCCUCGGCCCUAAAGAAAAGAGGAUGAGGAAGCGUAUAUUCUGGUCCCUCUAUAUACGCGAUCAGCAAGUAGCAGCCGCAUAUGGCCUACCGGCCCGGAUCCGCGACGAAGACUGCGACAUUCCGAUGCUCGACGAAACUGAUUUUGAGGAAGAGGGCGUUGUUGGUAACCCAGCUAUCUUUGGAAAGCAAAAGCCAGAGCACGCCUCGUACAUGAUCCAGAUGGCGCGAGCAGCGCGGUUACUCCGAGAAGUCGUCUGGGCGGCAUACCUGCCUGGGCACCAUCGAUAUGAGCAAGCAGAGUGCGAAAGACUAAAGGGACGCCUGAUGCAGUGGGAGUCGGAAUUGCCGGUAGAAUUGAAGCUCCAAGAGGCUACCGAGAGGGGUACAAUGUAUUUUGCGGGAAUUGUCAAUAUAACAUACAAUUAUCUAUAUAUACUUUUAUACCGUCCCUCGUUCCUUGACACGUCCGGGGACGAGCUGAAGAAAAAAGAAGGCAAAAAGGCUCUUCAGGCAGCCUGCCAAUGCACGCGUAUUCUAGAAGAUAUGCUGUCACAGAAUCUGAUUGAGCAUGGAAUGCUGCAUUUAAUCACAAACAUCUUCGCCGCCCUCUGCAUUCACACAGUACAUUUCUCUCGAGCCGACGGCACAGAGCGCAAACUAGCCGAACAUCGCGCAAAACUCUGUCUACUGGGGCUCAAAGAGCUGCAAAAGAGCUGGGAUUUGAACUAUUGGGUCCUGGAAAUAUUCUUUCAUUGUUUGGACGAAAGCACGGCCGAGUAUCUACAGCUGUCUGAAGAAAAGAACGCCACUUCGUCUUCGCUAAACUUUGCCAGCAUCUCGAAUGAUGCAGGGCCAUCGUCAAAGCAAUUUGUGCGCAAUAUGCAAAUACUCCCUGACACCAUCACGCCAACAACCAUUUCUCCGUAUGAACAGAAUCAGCAGCAGCAACAGCAACAAGAAGAAGUACUCAAAGAACAACGGCCGCAGACAUGGUCUGAAAUGACGCCCUUGUCUCCUCCUAGCAACGAAGUUGACAUCGACCUUUCAGAGCCGUUUUUGUUUGAUGAGGAAUUUGCGCGCAACUUUGGGUCGUGCACGCCGCGGCUGGAUGCGCUGAAUUCGUCGAAUUUGGACUUUUUGUGCAGGUAUUUGUGA